AUGGUAAACAAACUGUUGGUUUUCCUGGUUGCGCUAUUCCUUGCUAAUGGAAGUUAUCUUCGUCCAGAUCUUCAUAGGUGGGGUGAUCACGAAUUUGAUGAGGAUUCUCUAAUCGUCCCAGAGCAAAAUAUAACCAGACCAGUUAUUGGGAUCCUCACAAUCCCAAUUUUCCCAUACAAUAAUUGGAAUACCACAGCAACAACUUAUAUUGCUGCUUCUUAUGUUAAAUAACGAUGACCCCCCUCAAUCUUCAUGUCUAUUGCAACAAAAAUGCAAUUUUUUAAUAUAAAAUUUUAUAUAACAAAAAAAAAUAAUUUUCAUGUCUCUUGCAACAAAUUAUAUACAUUAAAAUGGCGACACGUGUCAACCUGCUCUUGGCGCAGCAGCCCAGACCUUAUGGAUACGGCGAACUGGGACGGACUCCGAGCCGAGAAUCAGACACAGGCUCAAGAAGUGUGUAUCCGGGUAGGUUUUGGCUGCUUUCAUGUGGUUGGAAAUGGAGGUGCUCAACAACGUCCUUUGGAUCCGAGGACCCAUGGGCAUUCCUCUACCGAGAAACUGGGGGUUUCUGCCCAUGCCACAAGGGAACAGUCUUUUUCCUGUAGCAGUCGAAGGAAGGUACUUUGACACCCGAUAGGUUCCAAGGAGCUGAUCCUUGGAAUCAAGCUACUCCAAUUGCCCGUAGCAGGGCUGCAGAAUCCAUAAGCCGCCACUCAAAUCUGAAGCCGCAAGCCAAGGAGGAGACAGAAGGUACGGAAGGGCACUCGUAAGAGGGAUAGACCCUGUGGGCUGGAGUCGAAAAGCGGUAAAACCUUUUGGUACAACAAAUUUUCGAUGCGAAUCUUAAAUUUUUCCGUACUUUUUAGCUAAAUAAGUUUAAUAAAAUGGCGAGCGAUGACAAUAGCCGUCCAAAUCUCUAUGAGAAGGUCAUUGGCACGCCUACAGCAGCGCUGUUGUAUGGUUUUUUUUUGAGAAACUCACCUAAAGAAAAAUGCAUUAAUUUUUUUUAUAAAAAAUUUUGUAUUGCAGUAGGCAUGAAGAUUUUUUCGAAAAUUUUUGUUGCAAUAAACAUGAAGAUUGAGAGGGGGGGGUCAUCGUUACGUCGAAAUGGGAGGCGCACGAGUUGUCCCUCUUAGGUCAGACCACAGCUAUGAAGAGCUGAAUUAUUUAUUUACCAGACUCAAUGGCAUCCUUUUUACCGGGGGUACUGCAAAUUUAUUUGAUAACAGCACCUACCCAGUUCCAACCCUAGGCCCUGACUACGCAGCAAAAGCUUGCUACCUUUACAACUUAGUCAAACAAGCUAACGACAAUGGCAUUUAUUACCCUCUUUGGGCAACUUGCUUAGGAUUCGAAACCAUCCAAAUCUGCGAAAACACUGAAUACGCCACACUUGGAAACUUCAAUGGUGAGCCUCCAUAUAUCAGAGCUAACAACUUCACCAAGAAAGCUUAUACAAGCCGCAUUUUCAAUAACAUUGGCAGAAGAUAUGGAGAAGUCAUGAUGAGAGUUAUGACAGAAAAACAAACUUCGCUUCUUUCUCAUUCAAAUGGAAUUUCGACUUCUAUGUAUUCUUACCAGAAUAACUUGACUGAGUUCUUUGAUGUGCUCAGUGUUAUGCAUGAUAAAAGCGGAAACCCGUUUGUAUAGGUAUUUACCUUGAUCCCCUCUCCUUCUGUUAGUGAACAAACAAUUUGGUUUGCUUAGGAGGGGUUAAAUUAAAUUGAACUAACUGCCUUGCUUAGAGUCGGCCGAGGAUUUCUACCUCUGUGAGCUUAUCCGCAGCCGAAGACGCCCGGAUGACACUACGGCCUUACUUCAGGCUCCAUAACCUGAAUCGAUUUCAGGGCUUCUGGCUUCUUUAGGCAAUGGAUCUGGGGGAAGCUCCCAAUAUUUCGCUAGGCACCUGCUGUCUUCAGAGUCCUUAAUUCUAGUAGGGAUCAUAUCUAUUCUCCCAAUUCCAUCAGGAGGAAAAAUUCCAUGUCCCAAGUAUUAUGAAGAAAUCCUCUGCCUGUAUACAUUAAUAUCCACCACGGUGAAUUAAUAUUGUUUUUUAUUUAAAUAUAAAUUUUAUUUUUCGAAUUAAAAUCCCAAUUGCAAAAAUUGGAAAGCAAAAAUACAUUAAAUUGCAAAAAUUUAUAUUUUGAAAUGCAGACGUUAAUUCAACAGAAUUAGCUAAUAAAACUUUCACUUAAAUAUCAAAAUCCUUUUCCAUAAUAAAGUUUCUUCACUCACUGCGAUGGGUUUUCUGCGAAAAAUAGGGAUUUUAAAUGUUUUUGUUCGCUCGCAGAGGGGGAGUUAGAUAGUCUACUGAAAAUUAUAAAAAAUUAGAAUCAAAAUAGUUUCAGCUAGAUAAAAUCUAAAGUUGGAUUGUAAGAUUAGCAGAAAGCAGAGAGUAAAAAGGUAUAGCAAUGAUAGAGGCUAAAGAUUACCCUAUUUACGGGACUCAAUUCCACCCAGAGAAGAACAUUUAUGAGUGGUCUCCUGCUUCUCCUCAGCCUCAUGACUUUUAUUCCGUUAAGGCUUCGACUUAUUUGUCGAAUUUCUUUGUCUCUGAAGCAAGAAGAAAUAACAACACUUUUGAGAGUGAACAAGUGCUGCAGCCUUAUUUGAUUUACAACUGGUGGCCUCUGUACACGAAUAAUUAUUUCACUCAAACCUAUGAGUUUAAGUAA